UCCUUCUCUGAUCACCCAAUUUGUUUCUGUUCUAGCAUGCAGCUUAUAAAAGUCAUGAUCUACUUACUAGAGAAACCACUUCCCAAUUGCAUCAAUAAUCUAAUUCAAGCUAUGUUCACCACUGUCCUAAUUAUCAUUCUUGUGUUGGCUUCUUCUUCCCAAUUUGCUAUUUCUUCCUUUGCAACUUCUCCUUCCAAUAUGGGACGAGAAACAGAGGCUCUACUGGAAUGGAAAGUGAGCCUUGAGAACCAAAGCCAGUUUCGGUUGUCUUCAUGGGUUGGAAACAUCCCUUCCCAAUGGGUUGGAAUUUCUUGCAACAACUUUAGCAGCAUCUCUCAUAUCAGCCUCACUCGUUCUGCUUUAAAAGGGAUAAAGGCCCAAAAUAAUAUGUUGGGCCUUGGGCUUUUGUCCAAGGACGCCGAAUUGUCCGAGGAAGGGCAAAUAGUUGUCAGGGGUUCCCAGUUAAAGUCUCAUAAGUGAGGAAUGAAUGGAAGGUGGUCUGAGGAGGAGCACCUCCUCGGAUAUGAUGAAUGUAGCUCAAGUAUGUAUUCUAGCAACUAAGGUAACCCUCCAAAAAGCUCCAGCGAUAGGAACGUGUCUCAUGAACAUGCAAGAAGGAAGGAAACUCAAAAAUAUCUAAGGGAAAGCUACUACCACCGCAUUAAAUGCACUACAGCUACUUUUCUAGCCACAUUUAUGUGGAAAAGACCUCUGAACAGUGCUGCCUUAGCGAAUGCAACUCACAAAAAGCCAAAGAGGGUGUCUGAUGGGAUAGGUACUCAAGUAAGGGCUCAAAUGAUCAACAAGUGUAGGAUCAAGAUGGUCCAAAGAGGGCUAUAUAACAUGAGAGACCCUCCAUGUGGAGGAGGACCAGAAAAAAUUGUAAAACAGAUCUGUAACAAAAC